UCACCGUAAUGUGUGUUCGUCUCAUCCUGCAGGUCAGGCGGUUGUCGGUGAAGAAUGCUCCAGCCCGGUAACUACAGCUUGGUUCUCUCUCUUCAGUUCCUGCUGCUUUUCUUCGACCUUUUUGUGAAUUCCUUCUCUGAGCUCCUGCGCUCGGCUCCUGUCAUCCAGCUGGUCCUCUUCAUACUGCAGGAUGUGGGAACUCUUUUUGCAGCAAUCGUCCUCUUCCUUAUGCUGUUCAACACGUUCGUAUUCCAGGCCGGGCUUCUGAACCUUCUGUGUCAGCGGUUCCAGGUCACCGUCCUAAUGUGUGCUCUCUACUUGGCCCUCAGCGUGUCCCUGCACGUCUGGAUCAUGAAUCUACGGUGGAAAAAUGAAAACACCUUUAUCUGGUCUGACGGACUGCAGGCUUUAUAUGUGCUGCAAAGAUUUGCGGCGGUCCUGUAUUUCUACUUCUACAAGAGGACAGCUCUGAUCCUGGGAGAUCCGCGGUUCUACCGUGACUCCCUCUGGCUGCGCAAGGAGUUUGCAAGAAUACGCGGAUAAAACUCUGCAUUGGGGAUGAAAAGUGUAAUCUUAUGGCUGGAUCACCGUGGGAGCAGCAAAUACCAUGCGUAUUGACAUGCAUGGUCCAACGUGUUACAUCCCUUCCGUCAUAUGAGGCCAGUAGAUCAGAUACCAAGUAGUAUUACUAAACACAAAGUAUCAUGUUUUACAGACCUCUUUAUGACUUCUUUAUGGCCACUUUUGUUUUUACAAUAAUAUAUUUUUAAAGAAAAGCUUGGUUGUCAAGAAAUAAAA